AUGCUCAGUGUUUUGCUGACACUGAUAAACGACCUACUUCUUGAAGAACUCUCUGCGUCUCCUGGUCGUCCUCUACAUUUUAUCCACGACAACAGUCGGAACCAAUUUCAUGUCCAGACCCACAGCAGUCUGGUUGACUCUACACUUCCCCUUCCUGAGUGUGGGAAGGCCUUCAGCGAUUCCUCCUCCCUGCGGACCCACCGGCGUGUCCACACGGGGCAGAGGCCCUUCAGCUGCCCCGAGUGUGGGAAGGCCUUUACCUACGUCUCCUCCCUGCUGAGGCACCAGCGUGUCCACACCGGGGAGAGGCCGUUCACCUGUUCUCAGUGUGGGAAGGGCUUCAUCUGCUCCUCCAUCCUGCGGAGCCACCAGCGGGUCCACACCGGGGAGAGGCCGUACAUCUGCUCUCAGUGCGGGAAGGCCUUCAGCACAUCCUCCACCCUGCUGACCCACCAGCAGGUCCACACCGGGGAGAGGCCGUACAUCUGCUCUCAGUGCGGGAAGGCCUUUACCCAGUCCUCCCACCUGCGGACCCACCGGCGUGUCCACACGGGGCAGAGGCCCUUUCGCUGCCCCGAGUGUGGGAAGGCCUUUACCCACGUCUCCACCCUGCUGAUGCACCAGCGUGUCCACACCGGGGAGAGGCCGUUCACCUGCUCUCAGUGCGGGAAGGGCUUCAUCUGCUCCUCCCAACUGCGGAGCCACCAGCUGGUCCACACGGGGCAGAGGCCCUUCAGCUGCCCCGAGUGUGGGAAGGCCUUCAGCAGAUCUUCCUCCCUGCGGAGACACCAGCGUGUCCACACCGGGGAGAGGCCGUUCAGCUGCCCCGAGUGUGGCAAGACCUGCAGCACAUCUUCUGCCCUGCUGACGCAGCAGCGGAUCCACACCGGGGAGAGGCCUUACACCUGCUCUCAGUGCGGGAAGGGCUUCACCUGCUCCUCCCACCUGUGGACGCACCAGCGAGUUCACGUGCCAUCGCAGGGGUCACUCAAUCCAUCGGGACCACAACAAUUUAUGACUGUGAUUUCUGUGGGAGGGAUAAACGCUUUUUGGUUCCUGUUUGAGGACGUUUUCAGCAUCAGGUGGGACUGGACAAGAGACCCCACUGUUGGAGCGCACUGUGUGUGGAGCCUGAAACAGUUAUACGGCCUGGGAAGGGGAUUUCACGGCAGGGAGGGGCUCUACACGUGUUUGUGUGCAGCUGAAGCUGUGGCCAUGGAGAAACCUGAGGAAUCCCGCUCUGUGGAGAAACUGUGGAAGUGUGGGGACUGUGGGAAAGGCUUCCGUGUCCCGUCUGCCCUGGAGACUCAUCGGCGCAGUCACACCGGGGAGAGGCCAUUCCCCUGCACCGACUGCGGGAAGGCCUUCAGCACUUCCUCCACCCUGCUGAGCCACCAGCGUGUCCACACCGGGGAGAGGCCGUUCAGCUGCCCUGAGUGUGGGAAGGCCUUCAGGUAUUCCUCCCACCUGCGGACCCACCGGCAUUUCCACACGGGGGAGAGGCCGUUCAACUGCCCUGAGUGUGGGAAGGCCUUCAGACAUUCCUCCACCUUGCGGACCCACCGGCUUGUCCACACCGGGGAGAGGACUUUCAGCUGCCCCGAGUGUGGGAAGGCCUUUAUCUUGUUCUCCUCCCUGAUGAGGCACCAGCGGGUCCACACGGGGGAGAGGCCCUUUACCUGCCCCGAGUGUGGGAAGGCCUUCAGCGAUUCCUCCACCCUGCUGAGGCACCAGCAGAUCCACACGGGGGAGAGACCGUACACCUGCCCUCAGUGCGGGAAGGGCUUCACCCGGGCCUCCCAAAUGGGGACACACCAGCGUGUCCACACCGGGGAGAGACCGUACACCUGCCCUCAGUGCGGGAAGGGCUUCACCUGCUUCUACCACCUGCGGAGACACCAGCGGAUCCACACAGGGGAGAGGCCCUUCAGCUGCCCCGAGUGUGGGAAGGCCUUCAGCACAUCUUCCGCCCUGCUGACCCACCAGCAGAUCCACACCGGGGAGAGACCUUACACCUGCUCUCAGUGCGGGAAGGGUUUCACCCGCCCCUCCCACCUGCGGAGCCACCAGCGAGUUCACGUGCCAUCGCAGGGGGAUUGAAGGAGUGACGGCCGCGUCUCAUUAUCGAUUGGAAUAUCAACCCGGUUCCGGGGACUCCCGGGUUCAAAUCCCGUCACGACAGAUGGCAGAAUUGGUAUUCGGUCAGAAAUAUGGAGUUCAGAAUUUAAUGAUGAGACCGUUUCAGGGAGGGGGUGGUGCGGUGGGGGAGAAAGCCCCCAUCUGAUUCCCUCUCUCCCUUGUUAGGGGAGGGAACCCUCAUUGUGGGAAAGGAUACACUCAGUCGUUCCAGCUGCAUCCUUUACCCGGUCUGGCCUACACGUGACUCCAGACCCACAGCAGUCUGGUUGACUCCACACUGCCCUCCCCCCACUGGCAAAGGAGUGGGGAGAAACUUACUUGGAGACAGGGUAUGGGCUGAAAUUGCUGAGUGAGGCAAUACUUCCUCCGGAUUACGGCUGUACCAAGGAUCCA